AUGGUUGACGACUCCAUACUUGAGCUAUCGAGACUCUUCCCAACCUUGCCGGUAUAUAUAAAAUCAAACCCAGAAUUCGAACAUUACCGUGUGUCCUACAACCGAGCCCUCACGGACCACUUUCUAACCAUCCCAAACGCAUCCCCCCUCGCCAUUCGCUCCGGAGGUCACGAUUUCUUCGGUCGCUCAGUCGUCACUGACGGGAUCGUUAUCAACAUGCUAGCUAUGGAUUCCAUCACUAUCUCCCCAGGUAGGACCAGUGCACGCGUAGACGGCGGCGUCAUUGCAGGAGCACUACAACAGUUUCUAUCCGCUCACCAGCUUUUCACACCAACGGCCCAAUUGAAGACAGUCGGGUACAUGUCCUGGGCCUUUGGCGGCGGAUAUAGAUUCUACAUCGGGACAUAUGGAUUCGGCGUGGACCAGAUCCUUGGUGCAAGAGUGGUUGUAGCAAGUGGGGAGAUCAUCGACACCGACGAUGACCAAGAGCUACUAUGGGCUCUGCGGAGAGCAGGAGCUGGGAACUUUGGUGUCAUAGUUGAGCUAAGGGUGAAGGUGUGUCCGGCGCCGAAGCUAUAUGCGGGCUAUUUAGCGUUUCCGCUUUCCGAAGCGGCUACAGUCUUUGAAGGUCUGGGUCCAGUUCUGGCGAAUACUGUCGAAGAGACUACUGCAGCAGCUUAUGGUGUUGGAGAUUUAUCGUCCGCUACAUUCUUCUGCCGUACGAACAUUCGAGGACUGAAUCCUGAGGUUGGAGCAAUCUUCUCCCACCAUCCACCAGUCCACCCUUUAUCAGCAGUCAUCAUCUACAACAAUCAUGGCAAGGGCAUACGAACGAAGACACCUAAUGGAUUUAGCGCCUGCUUUCCAAAUAGAUUCCCACGUGCCAUCUUAGGAGAACUUGAAGAACGUGGGCUUGCGUUGGACGGGGGGUUUCCGAGCGUCUUCCCGCCGAAACAGAUCGACGUGAAGCAGUUCUUUGGUAUGCAAGCUACAGAAAAUCUCAGGCGUUUGAAAAGCAGACUGUCCUGUUGGGAGGUAGCCCGGAGGUAUUUUCGUGCAAUCGGCCAUGAUUCGGGCAGUCUCUGGUCUUUCCUGUAG